AUCAUUAUCUCGAUCGAUAAGGAGAAUGGGUCGAAUUAUGAAAUUGGAUCAAUAUCAUUUCGUGAACUAAGAUUACUCUCAUUGUCGACUGGCCUCAGAGUGUGAAACAUUCUCCUCAUAUUUCAAAUUACAACCUGGCGUCAAAAUGAAGCAAACAAAAUCUCUCAAUAUCGAGAGAGGAAAGGACGAAGAAGAAGGCCGUGUUGGAGUACACCGAAAACAACCAUCUGAACUAGAGGGUACUCGAGAAACUUCCAGUCACAAAGCUACACGCAAAGGAGGAGCUAUUCACCAAGGAAUGACAAGGACACUAUGUACUACGUCACAGAUGCGGAACGAAAAAGUAGAUGGCCAUGAUAAUAGCUCUCACAAUAGGAAGUCGAACAAGUGUAACGCGCCAGAAAGCAUCCAGGAUAAGGUACCGGCUUCGCUAAGAGCGACUCGAUCAAGCAAUCGUGUCAACAAGCGACCGCCUGUGUCGUAUGAAGAGAAGUCGCCCUCACUCAAGAAAUUCUCGAAGAAGCACGGGCUAGGAACGCCAUGGGACCACCCUGCCUACUUUCCACCGACCGGUCGUCCGCAGGCGUCUGUUCGGUUUGACGACCUCCCGAAGCUUGAUGAAGGUGAAUGCCUUAACGAUAGCCUGAUUGAAUUUUACAUGACGUACUGCCAUGAGGAAGCCAAAAGGGAAAAACGUGUGCUUCCGGAUUCCGUCUAUAUCUUCAACAGCUUCUUCUACACUUCUUUGACUCAAACGAGGAACUCUAAAGACAAAAUCAAUUACGACGCCGUUGCCCGCUGGACUCGGAAAGUCGAUCUUUUUACGUAUGAAUACGUUGUGAUCCCCAUUAAUGAGGAGUGAGUAACUAUUCUUCUCGUGUCGCAAGACUGCUAACAAGAGCAGCUAUCAUUGGUAUCUAGCGAUUAUAUGCAACCUUCCGAAGAUGAGCCGUAAUCUGAACGAGGCUACAAAAGAACCGAGUCCUGCUGAUGCGAAGACACCUGAGAUGAUGAAUGAGUUGAAGGACAGAACUUCGAAUAUGCAUCUGGAUGAUGAUGUAGACAAUACUACGGAAGAUGCUGGCGAAGACCAAGGGGAAUGG